CACAUUUUUUUGCUUCCCCUGUCAGGCUUGGGAAAUUCGAUUCUGUUAGGAGUAUGUAUUUCAGGACUUAGCUACAUAGUUGCCCACGUAUCAAAUACACAAAUAAAAAUAAAAGUAGUUUGCGUAAACACUAUCAUCUGAACGGACUGUUUCCUAACAAUCUUGUGUUUUUGUGAUUUGACUUUUGUAGCCGAAUUAUUACUAAAGUAAAAAAACGUUAGCCUGACCUGCUUAUACGCCGAUCUGCACCCAUCAGAGUUCACUGUUAAGAAAUUUGGACCAUGUUGUUUUCAAGUUGAAGAUCAAUAGGUAGUGGAGACGCAGAUAUGGUGAAGUGCUUCCUCAUCCACACGCUGUGCUCUGUGAGCACGCUGUCUCCCGGAGAGACCCGGAUCCUGUAUUCCCGUGUGUUUGGCCCAGAGGAUCUCCAGUCAGCAGCACCCGAUGGAGAAUUGCACAUGGAGGAGAGACAUUUGCUCCAGAAAGAAAAACUGGCUUUAAUAGCAAGGCAGGUUCAGAGCGCCUGUUCCCUGUGGAGAGAGGCACUGGGACGCCCUCCUUCGGAGGUGACGCUGGGCGGGGAGAGCGUGGCGCUUCAAGAGGCCGAGACUGGAGUUCUACGGCUACCAGCUGGGGAGCCCUAUCUUGAGGAGUGCUUUGUGCUGUGGCUGGGGGUCCAUUCCCUGGGCUUCACCAUGGUAUGCGAGCCCCAUGAAAACUUGCUGUUGGCAGAGGGCACACUGCGGAGCUUGGCAGGCCACUGUCUUGAAACCCUACGCCUGCUGGGUCCGGGCAGUGAGGUGUUGCUGAAGAGUGACCGCAUAGAGGCGAUGCUGCACCACCUGCUUCCUCAUGGGCAACUGCUCUUCCUUAAUCAUCGCUUUACCCAGUGUCUUGGGAAGGAGCUGGCUGCCUGUAUAGGCAAAUGAAGAAGUACAAUGGCCAGCUAAAGGAAAGGAGAGUACUUCCAUUGUCUCAGGUCUGCAGGAGCAACCAUUGCAUGUUGGAUUCCCGCUGUGAUCUGUCUCAUCUUCAACUUUCUACAGUGCCUUUUUGACCGAUUAAUUCUGUGGCAAAGUAUUCAGUUGGAAGUGGUUUUUUGCCUUAAGGUUUCAAGAAAUGAAAAUGCCCUUGUUUAAAAGUUUUUGGGGCAAAAAAACAUCAGUUGUAAUUAAAUACAAUUUCAAUUUGCAAACUGAUAUGUAUGUGUAGUCAAGAAUUAAACUCUGGGUAAAAUUUGAAUAUGUACACAUUUACAGAGAACAAGUCUUACAGAAACACACCUCUGUACUACAUUACAGAACAGUUUCACCUAAGUGCAAAGAAUUUCACCACCUACCUAUAUACUCUUGGGUAUUUCAUAGAUUUCUAAACAAAAUAAGGAAGGCAGAAAAACUUUUCUUUUUUUUUCUUUUUUAAACACCCAAAGUUAAGAAUUAAGCCUGGGUUUUGGUACCUAGAGUAGGUUAGUGUUCUGUUUUAUAGCUAGUGUAUUCUACUAAUGAAGUACUAGAAGUGAAAUUGUGUGCCUGGCUACUGGGCUGCUGGAGGACAGUAUGAGGAAGCGUGUAUUCACAUUUGGGGGGUGGGGUGAGGUUAGUGUGGUAGGUUAAUAAUAAAUAUACAUGUAAUGAAAAGUACAUUGCACAUUUUUAGAACUUUGAUCACACUGCUACAUUUAACAAAUUUUCAGAGCCUUUUUUUAAUGUAU